AGUGGAAAUUGGGUAUACCCUGGGGGAGAGAUGCUCUUGAACACAAGGAACUAUGGCGGCGGAGAUCCGAUGGUGGCGGAUAUGCGUGCAAUCGUUCCAAUACAUAACGCGGGUGACGAGAGAGUGCGAAAGAAUAUUAAGCACAGGGAGGUUUGUAGGGGUUCGGAGAAGCGGGUUCAAGUUCUAAGCUCUAGCAACUCGGCCCAGAGCCUUCGCCGAUGUUUCGUGAACUGGUAGAUGUGGUGGGACAAAGCUUGCCUCUCUCCCCGGGCAUGAAAACUCACGCUGGAAGUCCAGUUCGUAGUCCUAUUAGGGUAUCAACCCCACGCCAGCUUUGCUUUUCAAUAACUAACACGAAAUAGCUACCAAGUGCCCUUCGACUGCUGUGAGUGCACCACUGACUCCUGCGAGAAAAAGAUUGAGUACGUUAUUGCUUUGUACUGUGGAAAG